AUGAACAGUUUAUCCGUAAUAUUUUUAUUUAUUUUUAUUUUCUCAAAUUGUUGUGACUCAUGUAAAAUCACCAUAAAAUUAAAAAGUCAGACUAAAGCAAAAUUUAAAAUACAAAUUCUGGUACCUUCUGUUAAGCAGAAGAGUGAGAGAUUGUUAUUUACGGGGCCGGAAGAAAAAAAAUUACAGAUUGAUGGCGAAAAUUGCUUAUCAAAAAAGUGGAUAGUUCGUACUUGGAAACCAGACAGUUCUAGUGGUUGGGUAAUAGCUAAAGAAGAAAGCGCCUUUAUUGAUGGAAUGGGUUGGGUUCGUAUAAUUAUAGGGGAUGAUUUACGGCCUCAGAUGAAGGAUAGACUUAGUGUUUUUUGUUCUGAAAGCCCUCUCUGUGGGUAA